CCGGACUUGCUAGUUUGCAAUGGCUGCCCCCAUGAGAUUCGUGGUGCUGCCGGCUUUACGGCAAAGUUUUCUUCAAAAAUGUGUUCUGACACAACUGCCAUCUACUACUUGUAUGCAAGUGAGAGAGAGAAAGAACAACAAACACUGGAAUCCAAAGUUCAAGAGAGAACGCAGGCUGAAGUACGUGAAGAUAGAGCUGCCAGACUAUGAAGAGAUAAGAUUGAAGGACCGACUUACGCUUGAAGAGAUGCGAUCAAAACUGAAAGAGAAAGGCAUCGCACCAGCGAGGCCCUGGACAGAGAAGCCUGUAUUUAUCAGCUGUUCAGGAGGGCUGUUUGAGCCAUACGUACCCCCCGAAGGUGAUGGAAAGGUGACCAUGCUCUCAAAGGAGGGAGCCUUACAACGAAUGAGACAGCUGGAAAAGAAAGGUCGCACUAUGCUGGCCAUCCGUAAAGUGAGGGGCUUUGAGGAUGAUUUUGACAUCACGGAAUUCGCUGAACUGGCCCAGCAGAUCUACAUUGACACACACAAGGCCCUCGCAGACAUGAACAAGGACAAGCUGCAUGAAUUGGUCACAGAAUACUGCUACCCAGACAUGGUAUAUAGUGCACGUCUAAAGACUAUCAAGUGGCAGUUCCUCAAAAGCUUGGAACCUCCACGAGUGGUGCACGUGCGCACGGAAGGUAUGAUAACCAAGGAGAACGUAAUGGCGCAAAUUACUCUACGCCUCCACACGCAGCAGACCCUUGCGGUGUAUGACCGCUUUGGGCGCCUCAUGUACGGCAGUGAAGCGAUGGCCAAGGAUGUCUUGGAAUAUGUUGUCUUUGAAAAACACCUAGCAAAUGUCUAUGGAACAUGGCGGAUUCAUGCAAAGAUCAUACCAGACUGGAUGCCUCCAAGAGAGCCGGUUCUCAAGACCUACGUACAGUGUGCAGAAGAGACACCGCAGGAAGAAGAGAAAACAACGGAAGUUGCAAAAGAAGCUGCUGGUGCUCCACCACCAACAGAUGCCCUGGCAACCAUAUGAGGAUGUAGUCCAAUCUAUUUGAACAGGCAAAAUGCUUUCUUUUUAUUGCCAUGUACAGAAGUAGAAAAAUACCUUUGUGAAUAAAGGAUAUACAGCUAUC